GAGGGGUCACGUGCGGCUGGCGGCCCGAGGUCACGUGACGGGGACGGGGCGGAGGGAGCCGGGUCUGGGAGUUCUCCCGAGGCAAGAGGAGUGAAGUGGCGGGGACGCGGCUUUGGCGGCGCCGACAAUGAGUUUUCUUGGUGGCUUUUUUGGUCCCAUUUGUGAAAUCGAUGUUGUCCUUAAUGAUGGGGAAACCAGGAAAAUGGCAGAAAUGAAAACUGAAGAUGGUAAAGUAGAAAAGCAUUAUCUCUUCUAUGAUGGCGAAUCCGUUUCAGGAAAGGUAAACCUAGCCUUCAAGCAACCUGGAAAGAGACUAGAGCACCAAGGAAUCCGAAUUGAAUUUGUAGGUCAAAUUGAACUUUUCAACGACAAGAGUAAUACUCACGAAUUUGUAAACCUUGUGAAAGAACUGGCUUUGCCUGGAGAACUAACUCAGAGCAGAAGUUAUGAUUUUGAAUUUAUGCAAGUUGAAAAACCAUAUGAAUCUUAUAUUGGUGCCAAUGUCCGCUUAAGGUAUUUUCUUAAGGUAACAAUAGUAAGAAGACUGACAGACUUGGUAAAAGAGUAUGAUCUUAUCGUUCACCAGCUUGCCACCUAUCCUGAUGUUAACAACUCUAUUAAGAUGGAAGUAGGCAUUGAAGAUUGUCUACACAUAGAAUUUGAAUAUAAUAAGUCAAAGUAUCAUUUAAAGGAUGUGAUUGUUGGAAAAAUUUACUUCUUAUUAGUAAGAAUAAAAAUCCAACAUAUGGAGUUACAACUGAUCAAAAAAGAGAUCACAGGAAUUGGACCCAGCACCACAACAGAAACAGAAACAAUUGCCAAAUACGAAAUAAUGGAUGGUGCACCAGUAAAAGGUGAAUCAAUUCCAAUAAGACUAUUUUUAGCUGGAUAUGACCCAACUCCAACAAUGAGAGAUGUAAACAAAAAAUUUUCAGUAAGGUACUUUUUGAAUCUGGUCCUUGUUGAUGAGGAAGACAGAAGGUACUUCAAGCAGCAGGAAAUCAUUUUAUGGAGAAAAGCUCCUGAAAAGCUGAGAAAACAGAGAACAAACUUUCACCAGCGAUUUGAAUCUCCAGAUUCACAAGCAUCUGCUGAACAGCCUGAAAUGUGA